CAGUCGUCUUUAAAACCCCUAAUACCAUUAAACGACGACGCACCGGAAGCAACAGAUAAUUCUGCAGUUCUGCCUCUCUCAGUCCGUCGUCCCCCACCGCCACAACCGCCGUGAUUGACCAUGGCUGAACAAGAAUCUCAGCUUGAUGAAAACUUCCCCUUAUUCUCUCGGAAACCGAAACCGUCGCCUCUCGUCACCGCAACGACAACCACCGUUGCUGACAACACCACCACCGACCACCUCCAAUUCGUCAAACACACGUCAUCGAAUACCGACAAUACUCGGCUCACUUUUGCUGAUCUCGGGCUGUCAGACUGGGCACUACAAACCUGCAAGGAAUUAGGUAUGAAAAAACCGACACCGGUUCAACAACAUUGUAUUCCUCGUAUUCUAGCCGGUGAAGACGUGUUAGGGUUGGCUCAGACUGGUAGCGGUAAAACGGCGGCGUUUGCGUUGCCGGUGUUGCACCGGCUUGCGGAAGGACCGUACGGUGUGUUUUGUUUGGUGGUUACUCCGACACGUGAGCUGGCGUACCAGCUGGCGGAACAGUUUAAGGCGCUUGGGUCGUGUUUGAAUUUGAGAUGUGCGGUUAUUGUUGGUGGGAUGGAUAUGAUUAGCCAGGCGAAGAUGUUGAUGCAGCGUCCUCAUGUUGUGAUUGCUACUCCGGGUAGGAUUAAGGUUCUUAUUGAUCAGAAUCCUGAUAUUCCGGCUGUGUUUUCUAAUACCAAGUUCCUAGUGUUGGACGAGGCAGAUAGAGUUCUAGAUGUUGGUUUCGAGGACGAACUACGAGUGGUAUUCAACUGUUUACCCAAAAACCGACAAACAUUAUUAUUUUCCGCAACAAUGACAGACAACCUCCAAUCGUUACUCGAGGUUUCCGCAAAUAAAGCAUACUUUUAUGAAGCUUACGAAGGCUUUCAAACAGUCGACACUCUCAAACAGCAGUAUGUAUUUAUUCCAAAAAGCGUUAAGGACGUCUACCUGCUUCAUAUUCUCUCACGAAUGGAAGAUAUGGGCAUUCGGUCCGCCAUUAUUUUUGUUUCCAAAUGCAGGACGUGUCAUCUUUUGGGAUUAUUAAUGGAAGAACUCGAUCAUGAUGUAGCGGAACUCCAUUCACAUAAAUCACAAGCUUUUAGGCUAUCCGCUCUUCAUAAAUUUAAAUCCGGAAAAGUGUCUGUUUUGCUUGCAACUGAUGUUGCUAGUCGGGGUUUGGAUAUUCCGACAGUUGAUCUCGUGAUUAAUUAUGAUAUACCAAGGUAUCCAAGAGAUUAUGUUCAUCGUGUUGGACGUACGGCCAGAGCUGGUAGAGGUGGAUUAGCAAUAAGUUUAAUCACACAGAAUGAAGUGGAACUUAUUCAUGACAUAGAAAAGGAAAUUGGGAAGAAAAUGGAAUUAUUUGAAUGUAAAGAGAAUGAAGUACUUGAAAAUAUCACACAGGUUUUCAAUGCUAGGCGUGUGGCCAAAAUGAAAUUCAGUGACGGUGGUUUCGAUGAGAUAGAGAAAACAAGGAAAGCCCAGAAGAUGAAAAGUUUGGCCGAAAAAGGAUUAUUGAAUAAGAAGAAUAGAAAACGAAAAAGAAAAACAAUUGUAAACAAGGUAGAAGACUAGAAAUUGGUCGUGGGCCAUCGAGUGAGUAGCCGAUACAUGUAAAGUGUAUUGACAAAAUCGUCCCUCUCGCCUCCUUACUCAUCAUUCUGCAGCUUAGCUUUUUCGUAUGUUGGUAUUAAAUACCAAAUGCACAGCAUAAUUUCAUUUUAUUUGUCAAAUGAUUGAGCAACAACAGUAGUUCAACAAUAUAAGCUUCUGUCGGCCCUUUGUCCGCAUGGACCAUGGUUAAAUGGUUCAACCCGGUUUAUAUCAUUCAACCCGUUGGGUUUCCGCCCUCAUCCUUAACUGCACAAAUCACAAACUGGUUUAGUGUUUUGACCCA